AUUUCCCUUUGUUUUGACUAGUAGCUGAUCGAUGAGUCAAUGACCAUGACCAUGAGGAAUGACUAAAAGUUACAACAACUAGCUAGCAAAAAAAAAUAGGGAAAGCAAAAAACAGCAGCUAUAUAUAUUGAGAAUCUACAAUAGUUUCCGCAACAGCAACUCUCUUCUCUUUCUUUCUCAAGAUUCCGCAAGUUCAACAUUGUUCUUGUUGCGUCAGUCAAAUAUUUUUCAUUCCUCAAAACUUCAUCCACCAUCUUCUUCAUUCCUAUCUCUCCUUUUCUUGAUCUUCUAAUUCUUUCUUCAUAAAGAUGAAUGAUAUCACGCAGGACGACGUUACGCAAGUCUUCCCCAAAGAAAUUAACGAGGUGAUCUUUACAAGGGCUUCAAUCUCCGUGCAUCCCGUGGUUUCGCAAGUUUCCAGAGAUUAUAAUAAAUUCAUCACGUCAAGGACUGUCUACGACGACAGGGCAAAGAUUCAAAAGUCUGAGACCGUGAUACACAUCUCUCUCACGUCAGAAAAGGACGUUCUUGAAUGGUAUACUCUUCGAAAGAAACCUCUUGUUGAUGAAUAUGUUUUGCAUCCACUUCCAGAGUUUCCUGAGGUACCUGUGAAAUCCCAUAACUUGGUCGCGUCUGGUUCAAGGAUUUAUGCUGUUAGCUGCGACAAUAGUGAGAAUCUGUAUAUAGAGUGUAGGAAUUACACUUCCGUUGUGGUUCCAUCUACCACAUGCGAAGAGCCUUUAGGAGUCAUAGACGGGAAGUUAUAUGUAGUAGGGGAGCUUGAGCAUGAUACAUCGAGUAAAUUCCUCAAAACCAUGGAUAUAGCCGAAAACAAAGUUUGGGUAGCUGUCAACUUUCAAAACCCUCUUAACUACUACACCAACUAUCCGAGCUUCGAUAAUGUGUUCAUUAUGAAAAAAAGGAUAUAUUUUAUCUCUGGAGGAGGUCUGAGAUGCAAAGUGUUCAACCAUAAAAAUCAGUCUAUGAAGAGGAUGAGCAAGAAAGGAUUGGGACAACACUGUUAUGACAGUUCCUGUGUCAUCAACAACCAUUUGUUCUGCUUUGAGGAGGAUAACAAGCUGAAAGUUCACGUGAAGGGUAACACAUGGGUUCACCUGAGAGGCUUGGAGGAGGAUAAGCUUCCAGAAUUCACUUCAGGGUCUACUAAGCUGCUUAACAUGUCUGGCAACCUUGUGAUCCUGCAAAACUCCAAUGACAAAGAUAUAUCAGUGACAGUGAUAAGGUUGGAAGACAGAAAUGGAGAGAUGUGGGGAGAGGUUUUCUCGUCUAACAUAGCACUUCAACUCCCCUACACAACCGUUAUCAAACAUGCCUUGGAGGUAGAGUUGUAA